CGUGGAAGCAGAGGAAGAGAGAAGUUUGAGACGGCUCCAAUUAUAGACGUUCAGCCUAGAGGUAUUGCAGCUAUGUCUAGGGCAGAAGAAGCAGUUAAUGUGGAGGUCUGUGACUUUAAGUGGGGCAAAAAACGUGGUCGGGGAGGGAAAAAGAAAGAGGUUCAGUUCUAUGAUUCUUUUACAUAUGAUGGUGUGGAAUACAGUCUCUACGAUUGUGUAUAUCUAUGCCCAGAAGAUGUGACUGAACCCUACAUUGGUAAGCUUAUAAAAAUAUGGGAGCAGCCAAAAAAUGAAAAGAAUAAGCAGCCAAAAAUAGAGAAGAAAGUGAAGGUCUUAUGGUUUUUCCGGCCCAUGGAGAUUCAGAAUUUUCUUGGAGAUGUUUUACCACUUGAGAAAGAACUAUUUUUGGCAUCUGGUGAAGGUGUAGGCCUUGCCAAUGUUAAUGAUCUGGAAGCAAUUGCUGGCAAAUGCAAUGUCGUUUGCAUAAAUAAGGACCCUCGGAACCCGCAACCUUCAGAGGAAGAGCUUAGUAUGGCUGACUAUGUCUUCUAUCGUACAUUUGAUGUUGGAAAAUGUACAAUAUCUCAUGAGAUAGAUGAUAAAGUGGCUGGAAUAGAAGUGAUGUUUAUCUUUAACCAAAAAGGAGAAAACAUGAGAGUGCUAGCAAUUAAUGAAGCACCGCAAUCAUCUCCAUCAUCUCCCAAGCCAAACUUAUUGGAUGAUAGACCUGCUAAAAAGGCAAGGCUAGACAUGGAGGCUGCUGUGACAAAUGGCAGGGGUUCUGAAGAUAAAAUAAAACCUAAACCUGUCAGGGAUUCUCUUGGACAUGAAAAGGUCGUUCGUAAGAAGGUCAAGCCUGAUGAAAAGGAAUCCGGGCUUUCUAAUGGUACCCUGCCUAAGGCAGCCGCUACUCUCGCUCGAGAGAAGGACAUAAAAACUGAUGGCCAAGACAGAAGCAAAUGGUUCAAGGGACUUCCAUGGGAGGAAAGAAUGCAGACUGCACAUGAGCAAGGAACUCUUGUCCUCCUUUCAAAUCUGUAUCCAGGAUACGCUUCAGCCGAUGUAGAGGAAAUAAUUUGGCAAGGUUUUGGGGAAAAGUGCACAGCAAAGAUGCUACAGCGCACUGCAACGUCUAGCCCCCAUUCUGGUCAAGCUUUUGUUAUAUUCAAGACAAGGGAAGUUGCAGAGAUGGCUAUGAGAAAAUUAGAUGAAGGAUGUCUGUUGCUACCAAAUGGGAGGCCUCUGGUUGCCAGCAGAGUAACUCCUCUUAUGCCAGGGGAACCAUCCACGUUUUAUGGUCAUAUCUUCAUUGAGAAACUUAGACACCAAAUGCAGAGGGAGGAAAUGAAGCGAGCAGUAUCAACAUCUCACUAUUCUCAGCCCAACACCAUUGAAUAUGAUAUGGCUAUGGAAUGGAGAUUACUACAAGCAAGAUCCGAAAGCUGGUGGAAGGGUUUGUAUAAGCGGCAUGGGGAUGAGCUGAAGAAACUUAGGGGCCAACCCAAGUCGAAGUGA